AUGAAACCUGGAAUUCGCGUUGUCCGUGGACCCGACUGGACGUACGAAGACCAGGAUGGAGGUGAAGGUCAUGUUGGUACCGUCGUCGAAAUCGGUGGGCAGAGCGGGUCUCAAACUCCGGAGAAGCACGUCACAGUUGUCUGGGACUCAGGAGCAAGGCAUCAGUACAGAGCAGGACAUGAGGAAGCCUACGACCUCCAUGUCUACGACAGUGCUCCUUGUGGUUAG